AUGUCACUCCCAGCCAUCGGCACCCGUCUCUCCCUGUCCUCCCAUCUCGGGACAGUGGCAUACACCGGCCCUGUAGCUGGAACGUCCGGUGAAUGGAUAGGUGUAGAAUGGGAUGACCCCUCCCGGGGAAAACAUGACGGGCUUCACAAGGGUGUGCAGUACUUCACUUGCCGUGUAGAGGGAGCGGGGUCAUUCAUACGACCUGGGUCGGGGAUCCAUUACGGAGAAUCCUUUAUUUCCGCCCUGGUAAAGAAGUACGCCGACCCAUCUACAUCCACCGCUCCAGAGACUGGAAACGAGCAUGAGGAGAAGGAAGAGACCGUCUUGCUCGGCUCUUCCCUCGGGCUAAUAACCGUCCAAGCGCCCAACAUUGGCAAAGUUCGCCAACGCCUAGCUCAACUCGACAGGCUCAGGGAAGUGAGCCUCGACGGGGAGGGCGUCUCCCACCCCGGAGGAGCGCAAGAACUGAGGGAGAGAUGUCCUAGUAAGCCCAUCCGCGGUUACUCUUGCUAUGGGUGA